AUGAGCAAGAAAUUCGUCGACAGACUGCGCAUUUUCGUGUCUGCUGGUAGUGGUGCUGCCGGAAACCCAGCUAUCCGUGGUAAAGGCGGUGAUGGUGGUAGCGUUUAUCUAGAAGUGAAAGAAGGCUACUCCCUGGGCCGAUUGGUGCAGGAUAAUCCAAGUAAACGCUUCAAGGUUUGUGAUUUUGUUUUUACUUGUGUUAUUUCUUCUUCUCAACUUGCUUUUGUUUUCCUAGAGUGUCGAGAAAUAUACUUGCACAGUGUACAGUUGAUUUCGGAGCAUGCUUUCUCCUAA